AUGGGGGAGGAGAGGUCGCGACAGAACCUCUGUGAGCGGAAAGGCGACGUGCGGGGACAAGGGACGCAGCCAGCGCUGAGGCUCCGCGAGCUGAGGGGGCACCGCGCUGCGGCUGUUCCCGCCCCGUGGGGCCGUGCGGGCGGCGGGGCGGUUCCCCGGGUAACGGCGGCGGGGCGACGUCAGCGGCGGCAGCGCGGGGCNCCGCCGCCGACAUGCCGCGCCGGAAGCGCCGCGGCCGCCGCCGGAAGCGGGAGGGAGGGCGGGGCGGAACGCGGGCGACGGAAGCGGAAAGCGGCGGGCGCGGGCACGGGGGAGGCGGCGGAGGCGGCGGGGCCGGGGUGGUCGGCGGCGGCUCUGGCCUCGCAGGCGCUGGCUCUGCUGCUCAUCUUCGCUCUCUCGGCUCUGGGCAACGGCGCGGUGGUGCUGGUGAUCGCCCGGCACCGGCAGCUCCGCACGGUCACCAACGCCUUCGUGUUGUCGCUGUCGCUGUCGGAGUUGCUGGGCGCGCUGCUCUGCCUGCCCCUUGCCUUCCUCAGCCUGCUGGGCCGCCCGCCCGGCGCCUGGCUCUUCGGCCAUCGCCUGUGCCUGGCCAGCGCCGCGCUGCACGCCGGGCUGGGCAUCGCCGCCACCCUCACCAUGGCCCUGCUCUCCUUCGACCGCUACUGCGCCAUCGUCCGCCAGCCCCGACACAAGAUGGGCCGUCGCCGUGCCGCACAGCUGCUGGCCGCCGUCUGGCUGGCGGCCCUGGCCCUGGCCGGGCCCUGGUACGGGCUGGCGGGCGAGGGGCGGCGGGAGGCCCGGCACGGAGAGUACCGCUGCGUCUACGUGCUGCCGUGGGGCUCGUCGCGGCUGGGCCCGCCCUACGGCGCGGCGCUCAUCGUGCUCUGCUACCUCCUGCCCUUCGCACUCAUGUGCUUCUGCCAUUACAACAUCUGCCGGGCGGUGCGGUUGGCCGAGAGCCGCGUGCGGCCCCUCGCCACCUACGGGAACCUGCUGCGGGCCUACGGGGAGAUGCGCACGGCCACCACCGUCCUCAUCAUGAUCGUCUCCAUCAUCUGCUGCUGGGGGCCUUACUGCGUCCUGGGGCUGGCCGCUGCCGCCGGCCGCCUGCCCUUCUCGCCCACCAUGGAUGCGGUGGCCAGCGGAAUGGCCUGGGCCAACGGGGCCAUCAACCCCCUCAUCUACGCCGCCCGCAACCCCAACAUCUCAGUGCUGCUGCGGCGUAGCCGUGAGGGCGGCUACAGGACUAGGAACAACGUGGCCGUCUACCUCUCGGCCCCGGGCCACCGGCCAGAGCCCCGCAGCCGGGCUGACCGCGUGCGGGAGCGCUACGUCAACCGGCACAGCGGGCCCCCGGGGAGCGCCCCGUCCUCCUCCAGCCCAGCAAGCGGCGGAGAGGUGGCCAUGUGGGCCUGCAAGAACCCGGCUGUGCUAUUCUGUCGGGAUGGGCAGCCCGACACCGCUUCCGAGGCUGCCUUGCAGGGCAAAGUAGACACCAUCAAUACCAGCCUGUGAUGGGGCUGGGGGCUGGGUAGUGGCAUUGGGCCCUGGGACCGUCUCCCUGAGGAACCAGCGAGAGCCACGGUGCUUGGAUCUCUUGGAAAUCGGGGAGAUGGGCCUGUGUGAGCCAUAGUGUGAUUUCUUCUCCAUCGUGCAAGCUCUGGUUUGGUGACCUGGUCUGCAAGCAGUGAGAGAUCCCAGGGAAAGGAUGUGCCCCUUUCAUGAGGCUUGAUGCAGUGGUGAUGGCCACGGAGCCUCAAGAGUUUGACCGCAAGAGCGAUUGCUCCAGUCCUGCAGAAAGUGCUAAACUGGGGCUGCAGAGCAAACACACAAACAGCCUGAGCCAGCCGACCGUGUGAGCUGUUUGCUAAGUGCCAAAGCAGCCAUUGAGAGCUGAGCACCGGCGGCUGGAGGAUGCUCAGAGAACACCACACUGUGAAAACCGCAUCACAGCAGGAAAAUUGCUUUAACCCAUUGUAUGUGGCAGUAUGGAAGGCUGUAGGGAAUGGGAUAGGCUAAAAAGUGAUCUACGAAGAUGAUGAUUAUUUAAAUUCCUAAGUGAAACAAAGCAGUGAUUGUUGUGACAGACGCCUGCGGAGAAGGAAGAUGUGUGAUGCUGGGAGGGAGGGAAGGGAAGAUGAAACGUGUCAGAAUUUCAGCAGCCUUCUAUUUACAGGUACAGUCGGCGUAAAAUACUGCAAGUGUGGGAAAUUGAGAGCUCUUCAGACAGAGGAGGAGGUGUGGGUGUAGUGUGUCAUAUCACAUGGGCACAAGGUGUACUCUUUGAGCUCACCAGACGUGUCUCACAUCUCCAAUGGUUUAACAAUGCUGAGAGGGGACAUGCAAGAAUGGUGAGUGUCUGAAAGGAGAGGCACAGCAGUGCUGUGUGUUCUUCCUGUGCUUAAGCAUGUGAAGAUGUACAUAUGCAGAGAACAGGUAUUGUAUCGACGGCAAGAGGCUGCUACUGGAAUGUGAUAUUCAAAAGCUUGCUCUGUUUGUUUGCCACUGAAUAAAAUGAAAACAGCGCCAGGAAAUGGAAGUGCUAUUGCAAAGCGCAAAUUCAUAUGAGUUCAUCUGUAUAAUAUUUUUGCCCACAGGCUCAGAGUCCUACCGCCUUAAUCAGUGUUCUAACUCGGAAACUAAGAUGGUCUUUUUAUCUUUGCUGGAAUUAAAUGUGAGAGGCAGGCAGUAUUUUUCAUGUAUGGUCUUCAGAAAUACAGUGCUACUGUUUUACGGCUUUUUUCACCUGAUUGUGACUCAAGUGAACAUGCCAUCAUUGUUUUGCCAGUGAGACAAGAAAUAAAUUAUCUUUUAUGCAGGA